UGUUAUUACUUUUGGAAUAUAUCUAAAAUUUCCUUCAUAAAUCCAAUUUUUUCCUUCCUUUGAUAUACAAUUUUUUGAUUAAUAAUGUUCAAAUGUUUAAUGUGCAACUGUGUAUUUUCAUCUAUACUUUUGUACAAUAAGCACCAAAUUCUUCAUAAAGACAUGCCGUAUUUAAAAAUAAUUUGUCUGUUCAAAAAUUGUAGGCAACAAUUUAAUAAAUAUCUCAAUUUUAAGAAACAUAUUUUUAGACAGCAUUCAACAGAUAAAAAACAAACAUGCAUAACUUAUUGUUGUAAAGAAAGAAAUUGCAAUGCUCAUUUUAACGAUAGAUUAAAUUUUAAUAAACAUUUAUAUAAACAUAUAAGACAAAGUAAAAUUGGGAUUUAUUGCGGAUAUCCAGCUUGUUCUACUAAUAAAAUUUUCAAAACAGUCAGCACUUAUACAGUACACAUAUGUAGACAUCAUCCAAGUGAUAAUUUUGAUAAGCAAUUUGUUACUAAUAAAGAAUUGAUAAAUUUUGAUACCAAUAAUUUUGAUACCAGUAAUUUUGAUACCAGUAAUAAUGACAAUCUUUUUUUGCAAAAGGAAAGUUUAAAUCAAUUUUUGUGUGAUGUGAACAAUAAUGAAAAAGCUAUAGCACAAUUAUAUUUAAAUUUGACUACAAAAUAUUUCCUAACAGAAUUUGCUCUACAAGCUGUAAUAGAUGAUAUGGAUGAGGAUGGCAGAUGUUUUGGAGACGGAUCUCAUUCAAUAUAUUUAAAACUUCGAGACCGAAAUUCUUAUUUAAAUAGACCACAUAUGAAAAGAUGUCUAAGUCAAAGUUUAAAUAUACCUCUAAAAAAACAAAAAAAAGUAUUAUCUGCUAAAGCUGGAUGUAAUAAUUGGCAGCCAGAAAAAUAUAUUGACACAGAAACAGAAGAGACAAUAGAGGACAAGGCUAAAUUUCUACGUCAAAUAGUUCACGAUGAUUCAUCAAGCGAUCCUAAGAUUCAACAUAAAAUUAAUUUGUAUCUUGAAGCUACAUAUCCGGCGCAAAGAUUGUUUCUUAAUGAUGUCUAUAAAACACCUACUAUUGAAGAUGUUAAAACUACAUGGCCAAUUCUUUUAAAAAAAAAAUAUAUGUUUUGGCAUUACGAGCAAUUAAUGGGACAUUCAGUAGAUCUUCUAAAGCAAGAAAUCUUAAAAAAACAAGACAAAAUACUUAUUUAUGGACAGCAUAAAAAAUAUAAAGAUAUCAUUAAUUCAAAUAAUCCUACAGAGUUAAAAUUGAUAAAAAUUAUUAUGAAACAUUUUAAAGAAGAUUUUCAAGAAUUAUUUAAAACAUAUCCUGAAGCAACACCCUUGGAAAAUAUAGAACCACCAGUUGUAGCACCAUGUAUUAUAAUCAUAGAUGAUCCAGCAUGUCGAAUGUUUUAUUUAUAUAUAGAAAAAUUAUUGAUUGAAAGGACAUAUUGCUUUUAUGAAGCCUUAAAAAUGUUGAUGUCUGUAUAUUACAUUUUCAAUAUGGAAUAUCCCAAAAAUAGUACAUGUACCUUAGAAUUUUUACAAAAAUAUUUUUUAAAUAUUCAUCCAGCUUGUGGUUCAAAAUCUCAUAAGGUGUCAACAAAAUACAAAGUAUUGUCACUUUUUAAUAAAUUGAGAAACAUAUCAGAUCAAGAAAAUAUUGCUACAGAUAACAUGUAACAAACAUAAAAUAAAAAUUUCUACAAAAGUAGAAAUAUAAUCUAUUACCACUAUAUUCUAUAUUCUAUGUGAAAGUCUAUAAAAAGCUUCAUAUGAAGAUCAAAAUAAAAACCACUUGAAAACAC